AUGGCAGUGGGAAAUGAGACUGCGGUGAAGAUCGCAUCAACCUUCUCGUGGCAAGAUGUCUCCAUGACUGUGCAGAAGGGCAAGAAGCAGGAGAAGCAAAUUCUGUCCAACAUCUCGGGCUCGCUCAGCAGUGGCAAGGUUUGCGCCCUGAUGGGCCCGUCCGGCGCAGGAAAGACGUCGCUUCUGAAUGUCUUGGCCGCUCGUAUUCGCUCUCGUGGAACAACGGAGGUGACAGGAAACAUUACUCUGGAUGGUCAACCCAUCACCGGGUCCUCCCUCCGAAAGCGCAUCGCAUACGUCAUGCAGCAGGACAUCCUGGUGCCAACUCAGACGGUCCGGGAGUCACUUUGGUUUUCAGCGAACCUUCGGCUGCCCAAGUCCUACAGCAUGAAAGACAAGAAGGAAUUGGUGGAGAAGAUGUUGGUCGACCUUGGCCUGGUCAAGUGCGCCGACACCUACAUCGGCGACGACAUGAUCCGCGGGGUCUCUGGAGGUGAGAAGAAGCGUACCUGCGUCGGAAUCGAGCUCAUCAUGAAGCCCAAACUGAUCUUCUUGGAUGAACCCACCUCUGGCCUGGAUUCUUAUGCUGCGCACAACGUCAUCCUCAAGCUCGAGGAGCUGGCCAGCAAGGAGGGAUGCAACGUGCUCUGUACGAUCCACCAGCCAUCCUCAGAGGUGUUCCACCUCUUCAACAAGGUCAUGCUCCUGCGCAGCGGCAAGCUGUUCUUCUUCGGUGGUGUGUCUGGCUUGUCUGAGCAGCUGCAUGCCGUCAACAAGGGCUGCCCGAACGAGUUCAACCUUGCGGACCACGUGAUGUUCCUGCUGCAGACAGAGGUCGAGAAGGAGUUGGAUAACAUGCAGGCUAAGAUGAUCAUGGAGACACCAGCUGCGGCAACUCCGGAUGUGCCGCACGACAAGAGCGUGAUGACCAAGACGAUGGAGGGUGCCACGGCCGGGUUCUUGACGCAACUCCUGGCCCUCUCGAAGCGAGAGGCCCAGAACAUCUGGAGAGACAAGCCCGGGUUGAUCGCCUCCAUCAUCAUCCCGGUGAUCCUGAACGUCUUCUUCGCCGCCAUUUUCUACCAGGUGGGUGACAUCACCUUGGACAACUAUGACCCACGCUCCCACUUCGGCGGAAUGACGCAGGUGGCUAUCGGAGGCAUGUUCGGUGCCGCGCAGCCGUUGCUUUUGAAGUUCCCUUUGGACCGCGGCAUCUUCCUCCGUGAAUAUGCGACUUCAACCUACGGUUCUGCAGCGUACUUCCUCUCGAAGACGAUGGUCGAGCUUCCGCAGUCCUUCCUCAAUGCUGUCAUCACCUGGACGGCUGCCUACUUCCUCAUGGGUCUGCGAGGGCAGUUCAUGGUUUACGUCCUCGUCUUCUGGGUCACUGGUGUGGCUGCGGCUUCCACCGCUGUUCUGGUCGGGUGCCUGGCAGCCAAUGCCGAGGUGGCACAGCAGGCCGCUCCCGCCGUCUUCGUGCCGCAGCUGCUCUUCGCCGGCUUCUUCAUCACAACGGAGCAGAUUCCAGCCUGGCUGAGAUGGGCGUCAUAUCUCUGCGCCCUGAAGUAUGGCAUGAACUUGAACAUCCUGAAUGAGUUCGGCUGCAUCCUUGGACCUGCAUGA